GACACAGGAGGAAGUGGGAGCAGCAGCGUGUGUUGUUGGUUUGAGAACUGGUUUCAGAAGAGUGUCAGUCGCAGCAUCGUCUUCAUCAUCUUCAUCGUCAUGCUGCUGCAGUUGUUGUGUCUCGUGUUGUCCUCUUGUUGCGUCACCGAGGCGAAGACGAGAAACGUGCUUCUGAUCAUCGCCGACGAUGCAGGUUUUGAGACGGAAGUGUACAACAACUCUGUGGUCCGCACCCCCCACCUGCGCUCACUGGCCCAGCGCAGCCUGGUGUUCAGCAACGCCUUCACAUCUGUCAGCAGCUGCUCCCCCAGCCGCUCCACCAUCCUCACUGGCCUGCCCCAGCAUCAGAAUGGAAUGUACGGGCUUCAUCAGGGCGUCCAUCACUUCAACUCGUUUGACGCCGUACAAAGUCUGCCGCUGCUCCUCAGCAAGGCCAAGGUACACACAGGUAUAAUUGGGAAGAAGCACGUCGGUCCUGGAUCCGUCUACCCUUUCGACUUCGCCUACACGGAGGAGAACAACUCGGUCCUGCAGGUGGGAAGGAACAUCACACGCAUCAAACUCCUGGUCCGCAAGUUUUUCCAAACGCACAAAGAGGAAGCCACCGAGCAAAGACGGAAGAAAGAAGAGUAUAAAGGAGACAGUGGUGACAGAAGAAGUGAAGAGAGACCGUUUUUCCUUUAUGUUGCCUUCCACGACACCCACAGAUGUGGACAUUCACAGCCACAGUACGGAGCUUUCUGUGAGAAGUUUGGUAAUGGUGAAAUGGGGAUGGGACGAAUACCUGACUGGACUCCAGAAUAUUACACACCAGACCAAGUAAAGGUUCCUCCCUUUGUGCCAGACACCCCUGUAGCCCGAGCUGACCUGGCUGCACAGUACACCACAGUCAGCCGGCUGGAUCAGGGUAUUGGAUUAGUUCUUCAGGAGCUCAGGGACGCCGGUUAUGAGAACGACACGCUGGUUAUCUACAGCUCAGACAACGGCAUCCCCUUCCCUAACGGCAGAACCAACCUGUAUCACUCCGGCACAGCAGAACCCAUGCUGGUGUCCUCUCCAGAGCACAGGGAGCGAUGGGGAGACACCAGCCAGGCCUACGUCAGUCUCCUUGACAUCACUCCCACCAUUCUGGACUGGUUCUCUGUUCCCUACCCGUCCUACAGCCUCCCGGGCAGCCCCGCCACCCUGGUCCAUCUCACCGGUCGGUCCUUGCUGCCCACUCUGGUCACUGAGCCCGGCCACUGGCACACCAUCUACGCCAGCCAGUCCCUCCACGAGGUCACCAUGUACUACCCAACCCGCUCUGUCCACCAGGGGGCGUACCACCUUCUCCACAACCUACACUACCGGAUGCCCUUCCCGGUUGACCAAGACCUGUACGUGUCACCCACCUUCCAGGACCUGCUGAACCGCACCAGGCUGAGCGAGCCGACGCACUGGUUCAAGAGCCUGGAGCAGUAUUACUACAGAGAGCGCUGGGAGCUGUACGACUCCAGGUCUGUUCUAAUUAAUGAUUAG